CUGUGUCACCAUAACGCUCCCGUGCAACGUCGGAUGCUUUGGUUAUCAAUCAAUCGAUCAUAUCAUAUCGAUCAUCGCUAAUCUGGUCGAUAGUACCCGCGGGCCGCGGCCUCCCACAGACAACGAUCGCUCCGACCGUCCCAUGGUGAUGAUCUUCAGCCUCACUCCAUCUAUCGCUCCGUUAUCUGCCCUACCCUUCAUCAGGGCUCAUUCGGCAAUCAUCACCGCCAACAGGAAGCACACCGAUUAGCUAUCGCACCCAUAGGUAGGUCCCAUUCGCUAGUGUCAUCGACUACCGAUAGUAACAGCCCAAUCCCCCGUUAAAAAUUAAAAAAGCGCAUCCACCACGAUCAGCCAGAAAAACGCCCCCGCCGCGCCGCCGCCGCAGCUUACGUACAUAGGGAAUCUAUGGAAGCUCUCCGCCUCCGCCGACAAGCCAUAUCCACGCCCUCAUCCUUCGAAUGACAAUCCCCGAUGGCCGACAGCCACUACGCGCAGUACGAACACGCUCUGCUGUCCGCCAACUCGAGCCAACCCCCGCAGCAGCAGCACCAGUCACGUCGCGCCGUCUUCGCUCGACUCACCCAGCCCUUCGUCGGCACCAGUCGCCCGCCUAGCUCCUCGGGGAACAACAGCGGGCUUACGGGCGCGGGCGGUGGUAGUGGCCCCACGAGUGUGACGAAUGCUCCGAACCUUACGGUACCCCGCAACCUACGCUACAACCUCGGCUCGGCGAUCCUAGCGCUCUCCACCAACGACGAAGACCGCAUCGUAGUAGCCGGUCGCGAGAUCCUACGCGUCCUCCGCGUCGGCACCAACGAGAUCACCGAAGAGGCGAACCUCCGACUCCCCGGCGAACAAAAACGACAUUUCCAGUAUGACGUCAAGUGGGGGACGAUCCACCAGAAGAACAUCAUUGCGACGGCGGGGACAAACGGCACUAUCUGUCUAUACGAUGUCAAGCAGGGGAAGCUGGAUCGCAUGCUCAGGGAACAUGUUCGGCAGGUCCAUCGGCUAGCGUUCAACCAGGCGAAUGGAAAUCUGCUGCUCAGCGCGAGCCAGGAUGGGACCAUCAAGUUGUGGGACCUCAGGGAGAACAAGAGCAGAUUUACAUUUGUGGGGAAGUCGGACGCUGUGAGGGAUGUCCAGUUUAAUGCUGCGAAUGCUACCGAGUUUGCAGCCGCUUUCGAUAGUGGUGCCAUACAGCGUUGGGAUUACAGGAAGGAAUCGAUAUACGAGCGCAAGAUCAAUGCGCAUAACGGACCGGCAUUUACGGUCGACUGGCAUCCCGACGGAAGGCACUGCGCAAGUGGCGGAAGAGAUCGCACAGUAAAGAUAUGGGACUUCAAUGCUGAUCCACGGCGGAAACCGAAGCACGAGCUCACUACGAUGGCAUCCGUGAGUCGCAUCGCAUGGAGACCAUCGCGAAAUAACAAGAACGACACGACACAGCUGGCUACUUGUGCCAUCAAUAAUGAUCACCGGAUGCAAUUGUGGGACUUCAAGCGGCCCUAUAUUCCCUCCAGAAUCAUGGACGUACACGACAAUGCGACUACGGGGAUAUUGUGGAAGGAUGAGGAUAUAUUAUGGUCUUGCGCCAAGGACUGUACCUUGGUCCAGACCUAUGUUCCUUCUGCGCCACAGCCCAUCGAUUCUCUGACACACAGUGCCAUAUCGUGGGCUCCGGACGGGGAAUUCACGUUUGCGGGACAGCGGCGGGCAAGGAGUCGAUUCCACACAGUUGGGGGGCGAGCCGACUUCGACGAGGAUACAUUACGGGAGGACCGCCGAAGUCAUGGUCGCAGUAGCUCGUUCAGGUCGUCUCGACCUUCGCUAAAUGCGCUCAACGUAUUCGACACAACACUCGAUAAAUUCAUGCCAUCUCAGUCUGCCGCACGGGUCUCGAUUCCGAGCCUGUUCGAUAAAGAGGCGUUUGUUUAUUUCGCGGAAAAAUACAUCAUCGAUCUCGACGGCGUCGCGGGAGGAAAGAAGAUGACGCUCCUCCAGGCUUGCGAUUGGAACGCGCGGGUGGCAUUCCGGGCACAGAAUCAUCGUACAGCAACAACGUGGAAGAUGAUACAGAAGAUUAUCGCUUCGGAGGACGAGGAAGCAGCUGAAAAAAGGAAAUUCCAACGGGCUGAAAGUGUUUCCUCGGCCCAGCAUCCUACCGGUUUGGUCGCGAGGAGGGCGCUCGGUCUCGGCGGUGACAACUCGGCGAGUGCGUCUGGAGGCGCCACACCAUUGGCACCACCAUCACCGGCGAGUGCUCCUACACCAACACCUGCGAAGCACGAGUCGAUGGGCGAACAGCUUCUUCGGCUUCCUCCUUCGGCGUUUGGGAGAAGCCCUUCCAGCUCCACUAUCUCCACCGAUGGUGAAGAAUAUGCAGUGACUGAGAAAGUUGUCCCGGCGUUGGCUCCAAUCCACCCUGACAGCGACGCUCCAAAUGUCAGUCCGAGCAGCAGUAAAGUUCGACCAAACCUUACUGUUGAUACUGGCGCCAGCAACCACACAAAAGCCCAUGACAUGGGCACUUCAGCGCAGCCCGGUGGUGAAUCAAAGGCCAAUGCCAACGGCAGCGCCCACCACUCUAUCGACGAAAAUCACAACCUUCCCCUAUUCACUGCGACCUCUGAGCGCUCCGACCCUCUCGGUGUUCACAGCCCUGCGCAGAAAGGAACUGCUCACGUCGACAUCAACAACCCCGCCAACGCCAAGAGCAACGGCAAAAACGAUCAGUCAACUUCACACCCUUACUCGGCCACGACCCACACCGAUACUUCGUUCAACGGCUCACAAAGCUUGCAGCGGCAGUUCUCGCUCGUGAGUGAGCAGACAUCGAGCAGCUACGGUGUCCUCGAAUCGACACGUAGCGACAUGUCAGACUCGGAGUCACCGAAUCACGCCAAUACCACCCAUCCAAACAUCUCUAACAACUCUCUCCCACCUAUCACCGAGGAAAUGAACGCAUCCACGAUCCUCUCUCCUUACUCGGCUCAGCAACCGCAGUCUGUCCCUCAACUGCGCAUGCCAGUCCCCAGUACUCAGACCAGCGUUUCCACCGCAGACGACGAGAAGCCCUGGUCAUCACGGCACAUGGUCGAGCAAUUCCUCGCGUACUCCACCGAAACCGGCGACGUCCAGACAGCGGCGGUACUAAUCCUCCUGCUCCACCGACGGAUGCUGUUCUCGGCGCACAUUGUUGAAGAAGUCCUCGACGGCUACCUUUCGCUGCUCACGCAGAUGCGCUACUUCUCGGUCGCAGCUCUCGUCCGCAAGCUCGCGCCCUCCGAGGUUGUCCGCAUGUCCGGACAGUUCAACGUCGACGUCGAUCUUAGCUGCGGCGAGUGCGGGCGCGCCGUGGGUGGCCGCGGCGGUGGCUGGUGCAUGAAAUGUGCGGGCCGCGGAGGCGCGGCGUGUGUAAUCUGUGGCGAGCUCGGGAAGGAGCGGCGCUGGACCGUGUGUGGUGUCUGUGGCCAUGGCGGGUGCGAGGGCUGUCUGAGGGGCUGGUUCGUCGGCGAGGAUGCAGAGCGUGAGGAGGGCAUGGAGAGGUGUCCGGCUGUGGGUUGUGGUUGUGCGUGUUUACCCAGGUAGUUGGUUGGUGGUGGGAAGUGGUGGGAAGUUUUGGGAAGUUGUGCGUGUAGGUAGGUGUGCUUUCUGCGCGCAGGUUGGUUAGAGGCGUUGAGGUGCUAGGCUGCUUUUUGGGUUGCUUUGGUUAUUGCUUUGUGAUUCAUUCGCGUGGGAGGCUAGUUAGCUGUAGUCUGUAGAGGGAAGAGGGAGGGUCAUGAUUAUGAUUGCUUGCCCAGGUGGUUAAUGAGAAAAAAGGCCAUCCCAAUUCAGUUCGUUUCGUUCCGU